CGAAGAGCUCAACCCCAAAUGCGAAAAGAAAGGCCCUACACUUUUGUGUGUACCUCACAAAAAUCUCAUACCUCUUUUGUUUGUUGCAAUGCUUACUUGCAUUCCCCAUCCCCACUUUGUGUUUGUUGUUUUUCCUUAGUAAAAUGAACCCAUCAGCAACAAAAACCAAAACCAGAGCCAGUUCAAGCUCCCUCUAAUUUCUAGCCCCUUUGUUCUCUGUUUUUUUCCCUCUCCAGGCCCCUCAUAUUCAGAAAACCUCCAUUAUUAUUGCAUCAAUUCAAUCAGUUUUUUUCUGUGGUGCCAAAACAAACCACACACAUUCAUUUUCACCCAUCUCAUUAUUUUCUAUCUAUACAAAUAUAGUUUAUAAACAAAGAAUCAAACAUAUUUGUAUUGUUGCAAAUAUAUUCAUAUUUAUGCAGAUGUGGAGGGGGAUGAAAUGGUGUAAUCCAAAUCUCAUCAUCCUCCUCUUGAUUCCCAUCAUUGUUGUUGUCCAUGGCUUCAAUGACUUGGAGGAGGAAGAGGUGCAGGGAAUGAGCAUGGAACUUGUACACAGGCAUGAUGCUCGGCGAUUUGCAGGCGAGGUGGAUCAGGUUGAGGCCAUAAAAGGGUUCAUUCUGAGAGAUACCCUUCGAAGGCAGAGCAUGAAUCAGAGGUUUGGGCUCAGAAAUAGCAACAAUGGGAGUCAUAGAAGGAAGGACUCAGAAAUGGUUCAAUUCCAAUUGCCAAUGCAUUCUGGGAGAGAUUAUGGUCUUGGUGAGUAUUUUGUCCAGGUUAAGGUUGGAACCCCGGGCCAGAAGUUUUGGCUCGCCGCGGACACCGGAAGCGAAUUCACAUGGUUUAAUUCUGUCCACAAGACUCACAAUAAAACCCAAACCAAAAACCAUGGUGGUGGUGGACAUAAGAAGCAUAAGGGAAAGUUAAGGAAAAGAGGGAAGAAGGUGAGGCAUAAUAACCCUUGCAAUGGGGUGUUUUGUCCUCAACGUUCUAGGACAUUUAAAACUGUGACAUGUUCCUCAAGAAAGUGCAAGGUUGAGCUAAGUGACCUGUUUUCUCUUACCUAUUGUCCAAAACCUUCUGAUCCAUGCCUCUAUGAUAUCAGGCACAAUUCUAUUUAUGCGACCGAGAAGGGGACACAAACGAGAACAGAAGAUUUUGAUCCCUGCUAUGUUGAUGGAUCAUCUGCAAAGGGAUUCUUUGGCAGUGACACAAUCACUGUAGAACUCUCAAAUGGAAGGAAAGGAAAAUUGCAUAAUCUGACAAUUGGAUGCACAAAAACCAUAGUUAAUGGGGUAACCUUCAAUGAAGACACAGGUGGCAUACUGGGUUUAGGUUAUGCUAAGGAUGCAUUUGUUGAUAAAGCAGCUCUACAAUAUGGUGGCAAAUUCUCCUAUUGUCUAGUUGACCAUUUGAGCCACCAAAACGUUUCUAGCUACCUUACUUUUGGUACCCCGAAAGUCAAAUUGUUAAGUGAAAUGAGAAGAACAGAACUAUUUUUGGCAGCUCCAUUUUAUGGUGUGAAUGUAGUAGGCAUUUCAGUUGGAGGCCAAAUGCUAAAAAUUCCAUCUCAGGUUUGGGAUUUCAAUGCGCAAGGAGGCACUAUAAUUGACUCAGGCACAACAUUGACCAACCUUGCUCUUCCAGCUUAUGAGCAAUUGUUUGAAGCUCUGAAGAAGUCCCUAACCAAAGUGAAGAGGGUUCCGGCAGGAGACUUUGGAGGGUUAGAUUAUUGCUUUGAUGCUAAGGGUUUUGAUGAGAGUAGUGUGCCAAGGUUAGUAUUUCAUUUUGCAGGGGGAGUUAGGUUUGAGCCACCGGUGAAGAGCUACAUCAUUGAUGUGGCACCCCAAGUGAAGUGCAUUGGAGUGCUUGCAAUCAAUGGGCCUGGUGCCUCUGUUAUUGGCAAUAUUAUGCAGCAAAAUCAUCUCUGGGAAUUUGACUUGGCUCACAACACUGUGGGAUUUGCUCCUUCGGCUUGUAACUAGAUAUUCCUCUUCUUGUAUUUCUCUUUAAUUCUCCCUUUUUCUUUAUAGACAAAGUUACAUAAUUGGGUGCUUUUGUUGGAAUUGGAUGAUUAUUAUUCUUUGGAUUCCUUUUGUUUUCCUCUUUCUUUCAAAAUGCUUUGUAAAAUAUUACGUGUAAACAUGUAUCAUGUACAUCUAAUUGAAGUUCUUAUGAUGUUAAUGAUUCAUUGUUGGGCCACAUAA